AUUAUAGGUGGGCUCAAUGCAACAGGUACUCGAGGCACGCGGCUACGUUCAGUGUAUGAUGUACACGCAGUCGCGCAGCCGUAGUCCGUCCAACGAUAUAUCGGACAGUAGUUAUGAGAACUUUUGAUACGAUUUAUUCGGUAUACGGGUGUGUUAUGUAAAAAAUCAAAAUCGAAUAACUUUUAAAUAUAGGACACACGUGGACAAGGUCGUUGGUAAUCAUUUCAACGUACGUCAAUACCUUCCGUUUCAAGACAUUUGCGUUUUACUAAAAUAUUGGUCUACCUGCCAACCAACCUACAAUAUAAUAUUAUAAAGCACAUUUGUAAUUUAAAAUAACGGAUAAUAUACGAUAUUGUAAUAAUUAAGUUUUGGUGAAAUAAAGAUAUAUGAAAAAAAAAUUUUUAUAAGUACCAGCAGUAUCGAUUGAACUGUCUCAAUUGCUUACAACUAAUAUUAAAUAUCACAAUUACUCAUAAUUAAUAAUUCAGUUCAACUACACGCUCGCAGUUUUUUUUUGCGAUUCUAAAUAUGAUUUCAAUGUGCUUACAUACUUUAAAAGUGUAACAACUAUUGUAGACAGUUAACAAUUUUUUUUGUUUAAAAUAAAUAUGUUCAUUACAAAACCAAAAUGGAUCGAAAAGGUCACGGUGGAACCAAUGCUCUUUUUGUACUUUGUAACAUUGGCCAUUUCAGCUUUGGUGGGUACGAACUUGAUACUGCGGAAGGGGUGCGACAUGACGGCCACCGAGCAGCCGGCUGACCUGAGGGACAAGUGCCUGAACGAGACCUACGCGCAAGAGUUGGUGGCCAAGAUACAGACGUGGAAGCUGACCAUUCAGUACUCGGUGCCGCUGGUGUUCAUACUGUUCGCGGGCCCGUGGAGCGACACGCACGGCCGCCGCCGCCGGCCACUCAUGUUCAUACCGAUCGCUGGCCAGCUGCUGACGGACGCGUUCAACGUGCUCAACGUGUACAACUGGCACUGGUCACCAGCCGUGGCCGCCGUGUCCGAGUGCCUGGUGCCUGCCCUCACCGGGUCCAGGAUAUGCUGCGUGGUGGGCGUCGCGUCCUACGUGGCCGACAUCACGCGCGUCCAGGAUCGGACCAAACGCAUUGGCAUGCUCAUGUCACUGUACUUCAUCGCCACGCCGGUGGGCGCGUGCACGGCAGGCUUCCUCAACGUCAACAUCGGCUUCUACGGCACGUUCGGCGUGUGCAUAGCGAUGAACGUGGCGGCGCUAGUGCUAGGUGCGGCUUUGGUCAAGGACACGUCCGUGCCGUACGACAAGGGUGCGUCUAUAUGGCAGACGAUCAACCCGAAGGUGAUCGCCGACUCGGUGCGCGUACUGGUCAAGAAACGACCCAGUCGGUCGCUGCUCAUUUACAUGACCAUCGUGUCGCCGCUCACCAUCGGACCCAUGCAAGGUGAAUAUUCCAUACUUUAUCUUUUUGUCAGAUAUAAAUUUGGAUGGAACGAAAUCGAUUACAGUCUCUACGCUGCAUACAAAAUGACUGGGAUACUCAUAGGGACUAUCAUAGCUAUAUGGUUAAUGAGUGUAAAACUGAAAAUGCACGACGCAGCAAUAGGAUUUAUCGGCAGCAGUUUCGACCUAAUCGCUGCCGUGUGCUAUAGUUUUGUCACCCAACCUUGGCAGCUGUAUGCAGUGCCAGUAAUAGAUAUUUUCCACGGUGCGGCGUUUACAGUUAGCACUUCGAUGGCGUCAAAACUCGUCGAUAACAGUGAACUAGCACAACUCAAUUCUGUUCGUGGUAUGCUGGAAACGCUCGCUCCAAUUAUUAUUUAUCCGUUAUAUAAUCAAUUAUAUAAGCUCACAUUUGAAACACUACCGGGAGCUUUUUUCCUGUUGACUGCGGUUAUUACUGUUCCAGUUGUCAUACUAUUCGGGUUGACAUACAAAGCCGAUCAAAAAGACAACAUAUUUAAAAAUAAUGAAGAUGAUGGUGUAGCACAAAAAAAUAAAGACGAAUGUAAUAAUACUGUCAAAGAAGGAUCGAUUAAAACUUUAGAUUCUGUUUGACAUCAUUCAUGUGUAAACGAAUGUGAUGUAAUAAUAUGGUGAAUAUUAUUCGCAUCAUAUUUAUUUGUUAUUACUUA